UAAACAGCCGGAAGUUUGAGUAUGAGAAUAGGGUUGGCAAGUUCAUGGUGAGAUAUAUUCAUAUAAUUCUAGCGAUUUUCUUUUUGACAAACCUUCAUCUAUCUCAGUAUAGUAACACGAGAAGGAAAGCGUCGAUUUGAUUUGACUGCUGAAGCUAAUCUAGAAGGCAGGACUUUUGAGGUUUAUCAAACCGAUCAAAGCCUUUGAUAUAUUUCUAACACUUAAGUACUGGAUUGUCACCAAGAUGAAGUUUGAUGAUAUCUUGGGUGAGAUUGGAGAGUUUGGAUUGUAUCAGAAGCUGGUCUAUUAUGCUCUCUGCAUAAACGGCGCCACAGUAGCCUGUCAUAUGCUAGCCCAAGUCUUUUUGGCUGGUCAUAUGUCGCAUUCGUGCAAGGUUGCUGGAUGGGAGAACGAGGAUUGCAGUAGAUGGGGCUACACGGCGGAACAAUGCAUGGAAGCAAAACGUAACGCUAGCAGUUUACGUCUAAAUUACACUGAAGAAGAUGGUAAUAUCUACCAAUGUUCUAAAUAUGCUAUCGCUGAUAAACUGGACUUCCAUCCAGGACUAGAUCCUGAGAAUUAUAACGACACCGAUCUGAUUGGCUGUAACGAUGGUUGGGUAUAUGAUACCUCUCAGUACAAAUCGUCCAUCAUUUCUGAGUUUGACUUGGUGUGCAAUUAUGGAGAUCGUGAUAGCUUGGCACAAUCACUUUUCUUUGCUGGAGUUCUCAUUGGUUCUGUGCUCUACGGCGGACUUUCAGAUAUAUUUGGACGUCGUAAGGUUCUAUUCGUUGCAUUGGUGGUGCAGUUCGGAUGUGGGUUGGCUGUAGCCUUUUCACCCAAUUAUUGGUUUUAUACCAUAGUCCGGAUAGUCUUGGCUUCAGCAAACAUGGGUGUUUUUCUACUUGCAUUUGUCAUCGGUACGGAGUUUGUUGGUCCAAGUAAGCGAGUGAUAGCAGGUAUUGUGAUAAUGUUGUUCUUCUCCGUUGGUUACAUGCUCCUAGCUGUUUUUGCUUAUUUUAUUCGUGAUUGGUGGAUCUUACAACUCGUCAUCACUGCCCCUAUUCUUCUCAUGUUUGCUCUCUUCCCGUUUAUUCCCGAGUCUGUUCGAUGGUUGAUUAGUAAGGGACGUACUGAGGAAGCUACUAGGAUCAUCAAGAAAGCAGCAGAUGUGAACAAAGCCAAGUUACCUGAACCAAUAUUCACACAAGAAGACGUCAAGGAACAGGAGACAGCAGCAAGUGGUCCCCAGGCUACAGCACUCGAUCUCUUCCGCACUCCAAACUUGAGGAUUCGAACACUUAAUCUCAUGUUCAAUUGGUUCGUUAACACUAUGGUUUAUUACGGACUAUCACUGAGCACCUCUGACCUUGGUGUUAAUGUCUACAUUGCUUUCUUCAUAUCUGGCGCUGUCGAGUUUCCUGCCUAUCUUAGUUGUAUAUUUGCUAUUGAAUAUAUUGGACGAAAGUGGAGCAUGUUUGGUUACAUGGUCGGAGGUGGUAUCGCGUGUCUCUUAACCAUUUUCACACCUAUUGGACCAUGGCGUACAACAGUAGCGAUGAUUGGAAAGUUUGGUAUCUCAGCAUCGUUUGCUAUAGUCUAUGUCUUCUCAGCCGAGAUCUUCCCCACGCCUGUCAGGAGUGUAGGUAUUGGAAUAUGUUCGAUGAGCGCUCGUAUUGCUGGGAUCUUAGCCCCUAUCAUACUUCUGUUAGAUAAAACAUGGAAACCCCUUCCUGUUUUGGUCUUUGGAGUAUUGUCGAUAGCUGCCGGUGUCCUUGUCCUCCUCCUACCCGAGACUCGUGGGGAGCAGCUACCAGAGACGCUGGAAGAAGGAGAACUGUUUGGAACCAAAGAGAAGGAGUACGAGAUUACGACAGAGCCCAAGUUUCAAUACAAGAAAGAUGCAGAGAGUGGCGUCAUCAACAAUGCAUUCGAUCGGGAAACUGAAAACGGAAAAGUUUAAUCGUGAAGGGUUUUAUUGGCGUGAUCGUCGAAGAAGGUUGUUUCACCCUUUAAUGAAAAAAAAAUCUUCUAGAUUCUCAGUAAAAAGUAAUUUUUGAAAAAUAUAAAUAUUUUUCAUGUGUAAAUAAGUUUCUAUGCAAAUUUAUUCUAUCAUUACGUCACCUGAACGGGGUUUGGGUUAGGUUGGUCUGCUAACUAUAGUAAUUUGUUAAAAACCUGGCUGCUCAUCCAGAUGCGUCAAAUUCAUUUAUUUUUCUCUCGUAAUUGAAGUUUGUGGCAAUUGAUUUGUAUUAUAUUGUAUAUUGGAUAUCGUAUCUGCCAAAUAAAGUGAUAAAAUGAUAAUGAUAAAAUGUAUUAUGAUAAUUGAUAUUAUCAAUAAUCAAAUC